UUCCAAGCCUCCACCCACCUCGUCUGCUCGGCUACGCAUAGCCGUAUAUGAGCAUCCUGCAAGCAUCGCUGAUCUUUGAAUACUGUAGGUAUUGACAGAGUAGGUUGUGUAAAGUCUCUCAUCUUUUUAGAUUUCAGGAAAGGCAACAUUGUUCCUCACCAUGGCCAGCAAACGCGUAGAGCAGAUUGCUGCCCACCUGAACUACCCCAAGGGCAUGCUUGCUGGCCAGGUCGCCAUUGUCACAGGAUCGGGUCAGGGCAUUGGUGCGGAGACGGCAAGACUGUUCGCCAACGAGGGUGCUAAAGUAGUCAUCUCGGAUAUUGACGCUGCGAAGGCCAAGAAAGUGGCAGACGAGAUCAACGCCGCCGGUGGCCAAGCCGCCGCCAUACCCGGCGACAUGCUGGAUGACAACUACAUCAACGAGCUCGUCAAGAAGACCGCCGAAUUCGGCAACGGCAAGAUCCACAUCAUCGUCAACAACGCCGGUUACACCUGGGACGGCGUGAUCCACCGAACAACGGACAAGCAGUGGGAUACCAUCCUCGCCCUGCACAACACGGCGCCUUUCAAGCUCAUUCGAGCAGCAGCACCGUACUUUCGCGUCAAGGACGGCGAGCCGAGGAAUAUUGUCAAUAUCUCGAGUACGUCCGGUCUGCACGGUAAUGCGGGUCAAGCCAACUACGCGCUUGCCAAAGCGGGUGUUGUAGGUCUGACGAAGACGAUCGCGAAGGAGUGGGGCCCUCAGUUCGGCGUCCGGGCCAACACAAUCGCGUUCGGCUUCAUCUUGACACGAUUGACGGCUGCGAAGGAAGAGGGUGCGUUCGUGACCACGCCCGACGGCGAGAAAGUGGCAUUAGGGAUUCCAGGGGCACAGAAGGCGGCACGAGAAUCGGGAGCAGCUGCCUUCAAGGAUAUUCCACUUGGAAGGGCGGGCACGGCGACGGAAGCGGCAAGCUCGAUAUUGGCGGUGGUGAGUCCGCUGUUCAGCUACGUAAGUGGGCAGACGAUCAGUGUGACGGGUGGGAGGAAUAUGUAGGCUUUGUAUCCGCUUUCGCUUGAACGCAAUCACCAAACCUGCAGGCGCC